AUGUAUAUAGGCAACCUUCUAGGACAGAUGAUUACGGAUCACAAUAAUCACAUAUUUAUUACUGCGUACAACGUUCAGUGGUAUAAAACCCCUUUAUGCAUUCAAAGAAUGAUACUAUUCCUAUUGCAAGUAGGAACGAAGGAAUUUACUCUACAUAUCGGUGGAAUACUUGAUCCAUCUAUGAAGUGUUUUGCCAUGUUAUUAAACACCUCGUUAUCUUACUUCACCGUCAUAUAUUCUACACGGUAA